ACACUCCUCCACCAUCUCCAGUUUUGGCACAGCUCUGGUCCUUUUUGGGGUCAUUGUUGCACGAUAACAGUGAAAGCAUGUUUUCACUGGCCUGAAUUCAAGGGAACUGCUGAAUUUGACCAGCUCAAGUUUGGCAUCUGUGCCAAAAAGAUAUUAAGAGCUCUGGCUUUAUCAACUUAACACUGCCACUGAAGGAUUACAGGGAGAAGAGGAUUACUGUCAGAGCAUCUGACUGAGAGGAAGACUGAUAUAAAGAUGUUAUCUGGAUGGAGCAAAUUGCCUCAUCGUGGAGGCAGAUAAAGAAAAUCACAGAGUGGAGAGAGGGAAAUAUGAUUGUUUUUUCCCAGCCAGACUCUCUGGUUGGGAGGAACAGCUUUCACUGGGAUCUCCUCGACAGACUCAAACAUCAGCAGCAGCAGCAGCUUCCCCAAGACUUCACUACAUCAUCUGCCGUGACACUGCAAUGACCUCACUCAGGCUGUUGCCCUUGUUGCACUCCCUCCUCUUCCUCCAAGUCCAUCUUUCCAACCACUUAGAAGACAACAAGAUCCCUCCCAGUCUGUGUACUGGUCACCCUGGUAUCCCGGGCUCUCCUGGAGUUCAUGGCAGUCCUGGUCAACCGGGGAGAGACGGGAGGGACGGGAGAGAUGCAGCUCCGGGGGAGAAGGGACAGAAGGGGGACACUGGAGACCCAGGUGAGACAGGAGUGCGAGGCCUGACCGGGGACAGAGGCGACCCGGGAGAAAAGGGGGAGAGGGGGCAGCCAGGAGAGUGCGCAGUGGCCCCCAAAUCAGCCUUCAGUGUCAAGCUAUCCGAGGGCCACGCUAUACCACUAACUGUCGGCAAUGUAGUCCGCUUUGAUAAGGUCGUGCUCAAUGAACAAGGCGACUACAACACAGAGACAGGGCGCUUCACGUGCAAAGUGCCGGGAGUUUAUUACUUUGCCGUCCACGCCACAGUCUACCGUGCCAGCCUCCAGUUUGAUCUGAUGAAAAAUGCACACACAGUGGCAUCUUAUUUUCAGUUCUACGGAAACUGGCCCAAACCGGCUUCUCUGUCAGGCGGCUCCCUGCUCCACCUCAUCCCUGGUGACCAGGUGUGGGUCCAGAUGGCUUUGUCAGAGUACAAUGGAUUUUACUCCAGCACCAAGACAGACAGCACCUUCACCGGCUUUCUGGUGUAUUCAGACUGGAAAAACUCAGCUGUGUUUGCAUGAGAACCAAACAAAGUCAUAUCCCACUUUGGAAAAUGAACCACAACCUGUUUUUUUUUUUUUUUUUUGUUUUUUUGCCUGUUUCAGUUUUCUAAUUGAGAAGUUCUGGAUAAAGACAAGUGAAUAGGCUGUGGCGUGGUACAUCUAUAUUUGUGUAAUGAGUUUUAAACACACCAGACAAUGUUACCUGAAUGGCACAUACCGUCCUGAGCUACACACACUGUUUAUUUAGUGUCUGUUCGUCAGUUGCAGCCUGUUUCCCAUCAAUAUCUGCUGUGACACUUAAUUCUUGUAACAGAUGUUGUGACAACGGCGUCCAGCCAACUCAAGGCACAGUUCAAGCAGCUUUUAUGCUUUUAUUGCACUUUUGUUUCCCGUCAAUAUCUGCACAGCAAACAUGAAAAGUGAAUAAAUCAUUGUAGUUUUUAAAAAAACACGACUGACAUACUUUUGGUCAUAAAUACCCAUUCAUACUAGAUACUAAAAAAAUGAGAUAACUGACAAUAACAGAGUUUUACACGAUUUGUAUUUAAUACUCAAUUGAUCAUCACACGCUUGCCUCUGCACACAUCUGUCUUACAUUUACAUUUGACAUUUACCUGAUUGCAUUGGUGCAAGAAGUGAUUAGAACCUUUUUCUAAAUUCAAGUACCAAUAAAGUGGUGUAAAACUCUACAUUGGAACUAAAGUAUUAGCAAAAAUGUACCCAAAGUGGUUAAAGUAAAAGUACUUGUUCUGCAGGAAAAUGGCCCCUUUUGAGAGACAUGUAUUAUUAAAGGUCCUUUGUGUGGGAUUUAGGGGGAUAUAUUGGCAGAAAUUGAAUAUAAUAAUUGAUUUCUUUUGUGUAUAAUCAGCUAAAAAUAAGAAUUGCUUUGAAUACCUUAGAAUGAGUCAUUUAUAACUAAAUAGGGAGCGGCUCCUCAUCCAUGGAUAUCCCCAUGUUGCACUGCCACAUUCCUACAGUAGCCCAGAACAGACAAACCAAACACUGGCUCUGGUUAGCAGCCUCUCUGCAACAAGCAGUGUUGGAAAAACAUUGAUUAUUUAAUUGCUUUAUUCAGUGUUUUCACUGGUUUAAAUCACCUGUUGCAUUUGUUUUAGACAUCUGGAUCUUAAGUUAUCAGAAAAAACAGGUGUGCAUUAGCAGGUUCUGGGCUAGUGGCGUGUCUGUGACGAGCAGAAAAGCUUUGCAGAAACAAAGAUUUGUAAAGUGCAAAUUCUUUAUUCAGAGUUUUUAGCUGUUCACUGGGUCAGUUUGUUUGUUUUGGAAAGAUAGAGACCUCUGCGGAUAAUUCGUCACCUGCUAAAAACUUCCCAAAAAUAAACACUGAAGGAAUUCUAACUGGGAGUUUCAGCUGGUUGCAAUCUCAGUCAUCACCUCUAGAUGUCAAGUUCCCCCCUCAAUCCUACGCAAUGGACCUUUAAAUUUUUAAUACUGAGGCACCAAUGUGUUUAUGGCAUUUUAUUGUUGUAGCCGGUCAAGAUGGAGCUGGUUUAAACUACUUUACAUACAGUUAUGUAUUUUAUGGUUGGUUUAAUGGUUUUCAACCCUGGGACACCCUCACAACUCUGAAUGGUUGUGAGAGGAUUUAUGGGAGAAGAAAAAAGUUUCUUUUUUCAA